AUGCUUCUGACAAGUAGGCUCAUUGUGGAUUCCGCGGCCUCUUAUACGAAUGACCUUGACUUUCAACCACAAACACUGCAAUCUGCCACUAUAUCUUAUCCCUCGGGUUUCUCACUAUUCACCCUGCUGUUGCUGCUUGCCUUCUACGCCCGACCCAAGCAGCUCGGUGGUCCGGUGCAGUCCUCGGGAAUGCGUUCCAGCCUGGCCAUGGGUGCGAUAGAGCCGGUGUCGAGCGAAGAGAGGUUGUCAGCACUUCCCUGUAUUCCCGACAGAAGUCGAGCCGCUUCUUCGCAACGCACCAGCAAAGCGUUACGGUCCAAAACUUUGUACCAACUGGCCUAUCCUCCUGAUUAUGCGCGCCAUAAGCGAUUGAAACUUGGCUCCAAGCUCCUUCUGCAGCUGCAGCAGAUAUCUGGAACCCCUCGACUCCUGCCCAUCUUAGAUAUCUUGCCGGCAUCAAUCCACAUACUGAAAGCAUUCCGCAAGUUCCUGGCCGUGUUUCCCGGUAAGCAUGGAUUGUGUCCCGACAAUCUUAUCAUCGUGAUGAACGAACGAUACGACCGGGGGGUAUCUACCAUCUCGGGAAACCACUUAAGCUCGAAAGAUGAAAAUGAAUACAAGCGCCAUGUUGUGGCUACAAUCUGUCAGCUGCUCCGAGGGUGUUCUCAGAUGAAGGGACAGGCGAAAAUUUGUUUGAAAUCGGGAGCCGUCUGGGAAGGGACGCCUCUUCCGAGUGGAUCUUACGAGUUCAUCUCACAUACGGACAACGGUGUGAAAGUGAUGCGUUGGGUCUUGCGCAGCAGCAAGCAUCGAAAGAUGCCUGCAACUCUCGAACUGCAGCCUCGUGAAGACAAUAAACGAUUCACCUUCAGCUCUCUCGACCCCACGACCCGACGACAUCCAGUCAUCGCAUCUAUGACUUGCAACCAGCUUGAAGUGCAAGAUCAGUACUGUUCCAUUUUGGAAACCAGCACAGCUGUCAUGACGCCAAGCUUGGGCAGGUCUAUAAUCCAUGACGCAUCUUACGGUAGGGACACAUCAAAAGACCGGAAUACGGUCACUCUCGAUGAUGGGCUUCGAACUUUGAUCAUCAUUACCGGUAUUUAUGUAGCUUUCUGUGAAGGCUGGUUGCAAAAUUUUAGCUAG